AUGGAUUCCUUCACCGCCAUCACUUCCAUCUUCACCACCCAGCCCUCCGUCGAGGUUCCCUCCGACCUCGAGACUGGCGGCGGCUCUGGCAAUGGCGCCUACUGCGUGAUCGCUUAA